AUGGGAAAGCAUUUAACUUUCUGUAAUUAUGCAGAUAUACAUGAGACAGUUGGUCUUAGUUCAAUCAAUAAUGUCAAUGAUCCAUACAUAGAAACUCAUGAAACUUGGGCAAAAGUUUUGGAUGAAUACCAAGUUACUGGUUUUCUCACCAGUUGUACUGUUUUGGAAGCUGUUCGUAAUAGUCAACUUGAUUGUCUAUACGACAUAGAUUGUCUCAAAUUCAUGUUGAAUUAUUUUCCAGAUCUUAAUCAAACUCGUCGAAAUUGGACUAAUGAUAUUUUAUCUGAAAAAAUGAUUCCUCUCAACAAUCUUUUAUCUAAUCUCUUCAUUUCCAAUUGGUCAAUAGAGAUUAAUGAUCUAACAUAUUUUAAUAAAUGUUCUCCGUUACAUUGCACAUACACAAAAACAUAUCAAAUGAAUUCAUCUUAUACAACAACUCUUUUUAUUAGCAUCUAUGGCGGUCUCAUUAUUGUACUUCGCUUUAUUACGAUGUUUUUAAUCAAAAUUAUUUUAGAAUUUCGGAAUCGACCAUUGCAAAGAAUGCAACAUAUAUCAGCACAGAAUACCAUUAAGCAGAAACUAAUUCGAUCACUUAGGGUAUUGAAUUUGUUCAAAGAUCCGAAUGCACGAGCAGAAAAUGAUGUUAAACAACAAAGGACCAUUACAUUUGUUUAUAUAAUUUUACUAACGGGCAGCUUAUUGAUUAUCCUUUUAUUUACUUCAUUUCAUCAUGAAAUGAUGAUAAUAACCGAAGAAAAGCCAUCAUUGGUUAGAUAUAGUGAAUUACAAAAUCUAUACUCUAGAACAUUGAAAUGUUCUUGUUUUACCAUGGCGACACCUUAUUCUGUAAUUGUUUCGCUAGUACCAACAUUUCAUCGUGUAUGUCAAAGUGAUUUUGUUGAUAAAAGAUGGAUUGAAGUAUUGAAAAUCAUUAAACAUCCAUAUGUUUCAUUAGAUUGGCGUAACAUAGCAUUAUCACAAUUUCAAUUUUUAUCCGAUCUUUGUAAAUUAGCAAAUGAAAUUGUCAAAGAUGCUAUUGAUCGAUUUAUGAUGGAACCAUUAAUUAGUUCGAAUCUAUUGAGUGAAAUAGAAUUUUUCACACAAUUUAAUCAAACACUCAUACAGUUUUUUCACUCAACUAAAUUCAAUUUUAUUCGUCUGAGCGAUGUAGGGCAACUUCUUGAAAAUGUUGAUCAACCUUAUAUGACACCAGGCAAUUUGAUUCUUCCAUUUCAUUCAAAUUUAAUAGCAGAAAGUGUACCAAAUGAAACUAAUGAUACAAAGUUGUUGAAUUUUAUAUUUCGUUUCGCACAACACAAUGACACUAAUUCAACAUUUGCUGAUUGUGUCUGUAUUAUAAAUCCUCGUUGUGAAACAUUAGCUUCUAUAUAUAACUAUGAUUAUAAUUCGAACGCAGAUUCCACUUACGAAGUUUCUUAUUCUCUACCUGGAUGGAAACAAAGUUGUUCUCAACUAAAUUCUCUUACAUCGUCAACUUUGGAAUGUUUAUAUUCAACGAAUUGUUUAACACUUUUAGUACGUAGUGUAAAAACAUUAUUUAUUUUAUCCAGCCCACAGAUUGAUUGGUUUGAACCUCGUUUUCUUAUUUACAAUUCAACAAUUGAUCGUUUCUAUCCGAAUACAUUAAUUAAAGAUGUACUUGAUGAGAUUAUGGUCGAAAAUUGGAAUUCAUCAAUCUCAUACAAAAAUCUGUACGAAAACUGUGCACCAACUCAUUGUACAUAUGCAAAACGAAUUCGUACAAAAAAUUUCUUUGAAGCAAUAACAUUAUUAAUAUCCAUGAUCGGUAGUGUCAUUAUUGGAGUGCGUUUAGGUGCAUCAGUUUCUGUUAAAUUAGUUUUUCAUUUAUGGAAACGAAUUUGUAAAAAACAAACAGAAGGACAAGAACAGAGACAAGACGAACCAGCAGAUGCGGUUCACUUGAAACUUUUUGAUCGGUUAAAAACGAAGAUUGGAAAAGUUUUAUCAAGUUUAUUUGGCUUUUUAUUAAAUUUGAAUAUAUUUCUUGUACGAGAUUUUAAUAGUAAUAGUAGUCGAGUAACAGUUCAGAAUCUGGGCCGAUGGUCAACUCGUCUUUAUAUUAGUAUAUUCCUUCUUAUUAAUAUUAUAUUUAUUUUUUAUAAUGUUACUCAAUCAAAAUCUAUUACAAAAACAUUUGAUCAACCGCAAUUUAAUCAAUAUCAUCAUCUUAUAAAAAUCUAUGGUAAAAAAUUCAAAUGUUCAUGUUCAAACAUUGCAUCGAAAUAUGAAACAUUUGUUCAAAUUCAACCCGAAUAUCAUGAGAUUUGUAAACGUCAAGUUGUUUUCGAUGAAUGGCAAAUGAAUCUGACAAAAAAUCACCUUUCUGAUAUAUUUCUUUGGAAAAAGAAUGAUUAUCGUCUUUUUCUCUUAGCACAUAUAAAAUAUCUUCAAGGUUUAUGUUCAAAUUCAAUAGAAAUUAUCCAAAAUCUCGUCGAUCAAUUUCAUUCAACAUUAUUAAUAACAGCACAACUUCUCGAAGAAAAAGACUUUCAUAGUCAUAUAAAUAAUUUUAUUGAACAAACAAAAUCGAAGGCACCACAUCUACUUCUUAAUAUUCUUUCAUUAAUUCGAAUUAUUUAUCAUGGAAAUGCUUUUAUAUCAAAAUAUCAAUCAAAUUAUAAAUAUAUUUUUCCUUGGAAUCAUUUUGAUAAAGUUUAUGUUCCAACAGAAGCAAUGAUUUAUGAUCAAAAUUGUACUUGUGGAUUAAUUUCUACUUGUACAACUCAAGCUGGUUUCUAUAAUGAAAAGAAUUCAUCAGAUUUCAUUCGAAUUCAAGGUUUAAAAAUGGGUUGUUUACCAAGUGAAUCAUUUCUUCAAUCCACACUUCAAUGUUUCUUCAAUCAAACAUGUUUAAAUCUUAUUCAACAAUAUUCAAAUUCGUCUCAUUUUAAUAUUUCAUCACUUUCUUAUCCAAAGAAUGAAUCUUUAAUAAAUAAAACAAUUCAUGAGUUAAUCAAUGAUUUAUUUGUGGAGUCUUGGUCAAAAAAUAUCAAUUAUUCAUUGUAUUUCAAUCAAUGUUUACCAUCAUUAUGUUCUUAUACUUAUAAUAAGCGGUUUGAUUUAUUUGAAUUAAUUACAUUUUUACUUGGUUUUCAAGGAGGUUUAAAAAUUGUUUUAAAAUGGAUUUGUCCACAAAUAAUUCAAAUUCUUAUGAAAAUUUAUUCAUCUCGAAAGAAACGAUCGAAUAGAAUUGAUUCUCAAGAUUCAACUACUGCAACACGUGAUAAAACAAAACCUCUUAUUCGAAAUAUUCAAUGUUCUUUCAAAUUUAUCAAUGUUUGUUUCGUAUUCAUAUUUCUCACAAUAUUUAUUAUUCAUUUUUCAAUUUUUCUUACAUUUAAAAUAUCGUCGUCAAAUGUAAUGAUAAAUCAAAAUAUGAUCACGACAGAAUAUCAAUCAAUAAUGACAACAACAACAACAAUGAUCGAUACAAUAACAUCUACAGAAGUGUUACAUUGUCCAAUAUCGGCGGUGACAAUACAGUUGAAAACAUCUACUUGUAGUCAAGCAUAUGCAUUAAUUUCUGCAGAUUUGAACGAUGAUUCUCGAUCGGAAUUGCUCUUCUAUUGUGAAAGUACUGGAUCUAUUCAUAUAUUAAUCUCAUCUGACGAUGAAUUAUUUAAAACUGAAAAAAUUCAUCCAUUAGAACAUGAUCAUCAGUUGUUCAGUAUGACGUGGGGUGACAUUAAUAACGAUGGACAUAUCGAUCUAAUCGGUUUAGAUACUCCUAAAAAUGAAUUGCGAAUAUUAUUUGGUGACGGAAAUCUAACUUUUAAACAAGUUAACACAUUACCAUUAUCAAGCGGUCACCGAAGAACUUUAAUGUUAAUAGAUUUAAAUAAUGAUAGUUAUCUGGAUAUUAUCAGUCGAAACGAAGAGAAUUAUGUAAUUCGUGUGUUCCUUGGAGAUGGUACUGAAAAGUUUUUUCAACACACUGUACUAUAUUGUGAAAAAAACAGUUGGCCAUCAUCCUUGGCAAUCAAUGAUUUAAAUCAUGAUGGAUCUUUAGAUAUUAUAAUUACUCUUAGACGUGCGAAUGAUAUUGUGGUUUAUUUAGGAGAUAAUAAUCUUAAGUUUAAUCAAAGUUUUAUUUUUUCUCCAGGAUACGAUUCUGAACCUGACGAUCUAUUUCUUGCGGAUCUAAAUAAUGAUACACAUUCAGACAUUGUUUUUUCUUAUCAAGAUACAAUAGUUGCCAUUAUGUAUGGAUUUGGUAAUGGAACUUUCAGUACUUUAAAGAAAUAUAUGAUUAACAAUAGUCAAAAAGCUACUCCAAUGGCUGUGAUAGAUUUCAACUGUGAUGGAUAUUUAGAUAUUAUUCUUGGUAAUGUCUUUUCAUAUGAUAUAGUUGCAUUAAUGGGAUCAAAAAACGGAUAUUUUCAAUACAGAUCAAUCGGUAAUCAUGAAAGUUUUAAACCUGGAAGUUCUCAAUAUAGUACCAUGACUACUAUUUUCAAUGAUAAUGGUCAUAAAAAUAUCGUUGUCUUGAAUAGUCGGCCUACUGAUGCUAUUAUCUUAUUAAAUACAUGUCAAUGUUGUUCAAUUGACAUCAAUAAUUUUACUUCUCAUUAA